AUGAAGUCGGUGACAUCAUCACCAACAAAAUCUCCCUCAAAGCAAACAGUCGGGUUCUCUCAGAUGCUUCACAAGGGUAAGGACUUUGACUUUGACCAAGAAACAUCACUCAUUAAAGUUGGCCUGCACAUUCACCUCGCUCACGAUGGCACUCCAUGCCCCAGCAGCACUGAAUACACAUCAGACCUGUUUGAAUGGUCAGAUACCGAUGAAAAUAUACACUAUGAUGAUUAUCCGGAGGGAGCUUCCAUUCCACUUGUCACCGACUCAGAUCAUCCGGCUAUCACCAUAGUAGACAAAUCCGGUGUUCACUCUCUAUCCAUCUCAUAUUGCCAGUGCCCCGGUGCUCUCUCCCGGGAUAUGCAGCUCUUUCAAGCAGGCUUGUUUCCGGCAUCAUUCACCAGACCAAAAACUGCAUUCACAUUCUCUGUCUUGGACGACUUUCUGCUAGACAACCUCGAAUGUGGUACAUCAGCCAUGAAUUACUACAGUAAGAUCUGGAGGCUGACCUCGAGCAUAUUUCCAUUGAUGGUUCUAGAUUGCUACAGAGAACUUAUGAGAACUGCCAGGAAGUGGCGCCAAUGCAAGCUUUACAAGUGGCAUGGGUUUGCUCACAAAGAUGGUGAGCCAAAGGCCGGUGAUCUUGCCCUAUUUUGCCCUGCAUGUCCACAACCGGGGAUAAACUUGGACCUGUCGACCGGUACAUCCACCCAGCCAGACAACACACCUUCAUGGCUCUUCACCAGGACUUCAGUCAUGGAUGGUAAUUUCAAAGCCAAGCACCUCCAUCCAGUGAAUCCAUCUAAUGAAGUAUCAUUGAUGGAUGGUCUUGCAUUCAUGGUUGGAGAUGAAAGAUACAAGAGUCAUUUAUUCAAUCAAGCAAACACCUCCCGGCAAAAGCUGGAGGCCACUGGUAUAGGAGGAUGUGCAUGUGCACAGCACAGAUGUUUUGUCCCACAUUCCAUGGUGAAUUUUCAGAAGGGUGAAAGGCAGAUGAACAUGGACUAUGCCUUGAGUCAAGCACUCAACUACAAUACAGAUGGAAUCUCCCACGCCAUAACCUUCUACGACAUAAAUUGUCAGUAUCAUAUGUUUUUGAAGGACCAGGUCGCAUCCAGCAUGUACCUUUCCAUCCCCAUUGGCAUGGACAUCAUUCCUAGAAUUGGUCAUCAGGACAGCUGUUAUGUCCAGUAUACAUCAAAUUUUAUCCGUGGAACCAGCAGGAUUGAUGGAGAGAUCAUGGAAACACUCUGGGCAUCUUUGAACAUAAUCUCUCCAUCGGCUAGGGCCAUGGGGACUCCACAUCGCAAAGAGGUAUUGGAUUAUCAAAUGAAUGAUUGUAACUUCAUUAAAAUGAUACGCAUGAAAAGUUUAAAGAGGCUGCCAGGGGUGCUGAAGAGAGCAAAAAGUCAUUUCAAAAUCUUAAUGAGACAGCUCAUUCUGAUGGUCAUUCUUUGGGAAGCAGAAGAGGCACUUGCUUACAAGAACAGAAUGGAGGAUCCAACAGCCAUGGACAUUUAUGAGGUCCGGUUGGAAAAGGACAUUCAAUUACUGAGAGUGGCCCGACUUAGGGAUAAGCUGCAAACUCAGAUAACAAGUUUUCUUAAGAUGGCAUCUACAUAUCUUGGAUGCAAAGUCGAUGCAAACGAACCGGAUUCUCUGGUAAACAGGGAUCAUGAUUCACCGGAUGAAGAAGAUUAUUCUGAUCUCAAGGAUCAUGAUCAACAUCCGGAUCUGGAAACACAUGCCUCGAUAUUUCAACCAGAGCUUACUAUCGUACCUUUGCCUUCUAACCUUGGUGAAGCCAGAUGCAAGGCAUUGGGUCUAACCGAUCUCAUGAAAGAAGAAACCAUCCUCCGUGAAGGCCAAGCCAAUGAUGCACUACAUGCAAUUAGAGUUCAUUUGGUAGAUAAGGCUGUGAUAUUCUGGGACUCUGUCCGGUCAGCUAAGUCACAAGCCACCUCAACCCAGGCAUGGACUCGAGUUCGUACGGUGGAAGCAGCAGUCAAACUUAAUGCCAGGAUAUACUCAAAAUGCCGGUUGCAGCUAGAUCGACUCCCCAAUCACAACCUCUUGAAGAAAUAUCUUCCGUUGAAGAAAGAACACCUGAAGGCAAGCACUGCAGUGGCUGAUCCAAAUGCACAUGGUCAGAGGAACGCUACCCUUGCAUGGUUCUGGUCGCUUGAUGUUCAGGGUGAUACAGCCGGAAAUGACUGA